CCCUGCUCUCGCUCUCCCCCUGCCCCUCCCCCUCUCGGCCCUCCCCGCUCUCCCGCACCACGCCGUCGCUCCAGGAAAACACCCUCACAGCCAUGUCGGAUCCUGCGUCGACCGCUGCUGCCUCGACUGCCGCGCAGGCGAAUGCCCCGGCCGGGGCCAACACCACCGGAGCCCCGGCGCCCGGGUCGGCCAAUCCCCCGGCCAGCACCCCGGCGUCUGCCAGCACAGAUAGCGUAGCCACAUCGCCACCAGCUGCUGGACCAAGCGGCUCGGCCGCCGGGACCCCCUCGCGGUCUGGCAACGGCUCCUCCGGCAGGCCCAAGAAGUAUAAGCUGGUCUUCCUUGGCGACUUGGGUGUCGGCAAGACAUCCCUCAUCACACGCUUCAUGUAUGAUUUCUUCACCCAUAACUACCAGGCCACCAUCGGCAUCGACUUCAUGUCCAAGACGCUGUACAUGCCGCAGCGCACCAUCCGCCUGCAGCUGUGGGACACCGCUGGCCAGGAGCGCUUCCGGGCCUUGAUCCCCAGCUACAUCCGCGACUCCAGUGUGGCGGUGGUGGUCUUCGAUGUGACCAACCCCUCCUCAUUCCACUCGGUGGGGCGUUGGAUCGAGGAUAUCCGCGCUGAGCGUGGCAACGAUGUGCUCGUGGUGGUUGUCGGCAACAAGUCCGAUCUGGCCGACGAGAGGCAAGUGUCCACCUCCGAGGCCGAGGAGAAGGCCAAGCAGUAUGGGGCCCUGUUCACCGAGGCCUCGGCCAAGAGCGGCCGGAAUGUCAAGGCCCUCUUCAAGAAGAUCGCCGAUGCCCUGCCCGACGACACGAUGGGCUCUGGGGCCUCGACUUCCGGGCAGUCGGCCGCCACCACCGACAUCAAGUCGACAACCGUCACCCUGGAGUCCUCGAUGCUGAGCAGCGAGGCCGAUUCGGCCGACCCGGCCGCCAACAAGGACCCCAACGCCCCGGGUGGGUGCGGGUGCUGAGCCAUUCCCGACGCUCGGCCGUGCGGUGUACACACGCACGCACGCACGCACGCAUGUGGACACGCGCAUGUGCGCAUGUGGUCACACGCAUGCACGCAUGUGCAUGUACAUACACACUCAUGCACACUCAUACACACACGCAUGUAUAUAUAUACAUGCAUACAUGCAUACAUGGCUGUGCGUGUGCGCUCGGCCCUGCGCAACUCCUCGCCCCCAUUCGGCCAUCUGUGUCAGGAUGCCGCCGUGUGCCGCCACAGUUCCACGCGCAGAAUCACAUACAUAUAUACUACAUACAGACAGACACAGACA